UGGCGAGGGGGAGCAGAGGAGCUUCAUGGUGGUUUAUGUGGAUGACAUCCUCAUUUUCUCACCCUCCUCUGACCUUGUGAAGGAGGUGAUGCUGAAGCUUCAAGACAAGUUCAAGUGCAAGACCCUUGGUGACGUCAACUACUACCUUGGGCUUCACAUUGAGCGAGAUGUGGAGAAGCGGUGGAUGCGAGUGCAUCAAAAGAAGUACUUGGAGGCUUUGGCUGCAAACUUUGGGAAGAGUGAAGGUCAUGUGGCUACUCCUCUACCCUCGGGGUUCAAGUGUGUGAAAGGACCAGCGGAGGAAAGUGUUGGUGAAGAGGAGAGGCGGCGUUUUCACUCCUUGGUGGGCAGCCUCAUGCUCUUUCUCACCGCCUUCUCUGAUGCAUCUUGGGCAUCAGAACCAGAGGACAUGACAAGUGUGGGAGGCUUCAUCUGCUGUGUUGGUGGAGGCCCAACAGCUUGGGAGAGCAAGAAACAAGUGGACCAAGCAUUGAGCUCGGUGGAGUCCGAGUACAUGGCACUCUUCCGUGCCAUAAGAGAGGUUGUGUGGCAGCGGCGUUUGCUAGCUGAAUUGGGGGAGGAGCAGCAAGGACCUACCCCACUCUACUGUGAUAGCCAGGGUGCUAUUGCAUUGGCUAAGAACCCCGUUCUUCAUGGCCUUACCAAGCACAUGAAGGUGAAGUGGCAUUGGGUGAGGAGCAUGGUAACCGCGGGUGAAGUGGAGUUGCACUACGUGAAGACGACGGCGCAGCCUGCUGAUAUGAUGACCAAGAGGCUGGUUGAGCAGCAGCAUUGGAAGUGUUGCAAGCUUGACGGGAUGGCUCUGAACUAAGGGGAGCAGAUUCUAAGGCCAACAAUCCAAGGGGGAGUUUGUUGGUGCAACCUUAUGGCUUGCACUCGGCUUGUCGUCCUUGUUUGUGUGUGUGCAUGCAUGGCAUGGAAUGAAUUGUGAGUCUAUGUCAUUGCUAUCCAGUGCUUUUGUGUGUGUUUGAAUGGUGUAUCACAAUGUGGUUUGUGU